AUGAUGCGAGGAGGGAAGGGCUAUGUGUCCAUGGCCGAUGUGCUCGACUUCAAGACUCUGCCGCCCGCUCUCAUCCGAACCAUCGAUCUGCGGCACUUUGCCGCCCGGUUCUGCCACUGUGACGUGGCACCCGCCUGCUAUGAUGGCGCGUGUCGGCAGCUGACUCACGGGCGGCACCACGACCCCACUCACGUAAGCCUCAAGGAUCUGGUGGCAGCAGUGGGGGAGAAAGAGCCAGCAGUGCCGGCGUUUGCCCACAUCAACUUGAAGCACAAUCGCAACGAGCCCGUGCCGCUCAACAUUUAUGCCACCCUGGGGGAAUUAUCCCCCGCCAGGGACAGCAAGGUGCUGGCCUUCCCAUCGCUCUUCCAUCCUCGCAUCGCAGACAUAAACCUUGAGUGGGACGACCGUGUGCAAGCAAUCAGAGAGGCACCUGUGUCGAUGCCCUUCACGCCCCCUAUAAUGGAUCUGGCCCGGGACUUUAUUUACAACAGCAUAGGCAGACCCUUCGGCUGCAUGCAAGUGCGGGGCACUGAUGGCAUGUUCGUCAAGGCGCUAAAAAACACUCUCAAGGAUGCGGAAGCGACGCUAAAAGAAAUGCUUAAGCGCAACCCGAAAGCCCACGCCCCUCCCCUCAAGUUCCCGCUCUUCCUCAUGACCGACAUUCCCAAGGCCUCGUGGAAAGGAACCUUCCUCGAGCACCUCGGGAAAUUUCCUGUGGAACUUUUCACUGUAGACGGGAUUAUGGAUCGGAUUAAUGCGGCGGCGCGGACGAUUUUAACAGAGGAGAUUGGGUUGUAUGCUAACAGGGGACAGCCGUACCUGACUGGUAACGGGGUUGCUAGUAUGGGGGGUAGCAGUGGUGUUGCUGGGAGUGGUGGUGGUAGUGGGGGAACAGGAGGCCACCAAGAAGGCGCAGACUGGACGAUUGGACCGCAGACUCCUGUGAGACCAAGAAGGCGCAGACUGGCAGUGGCAGGGGGAGAGGAGGGGGAGAGACUGGAGGAAGGAGAGGGCAAUAGAUUCACACAGGGGCUAGUAGAGUGCAGACAGGACGAAUUGGAGGAUCGGAUAAAAAGGCGGAGAUUAGCAGAGGGGGGAGGAGAGGAAGGGGGAAAGAGAGCGGAAGAGCUUGAGGAUAUAGUGCUGUUUGUGGAGCAGGCCAUCUGCUGCCAUGCGACUCUGGGCACGUUCACCACGUUCAAGUCCACUGCUGGUAGCCUCGUGCAUGCUCUGAGGAGGGCGGGAAAUUGUGUGAUAGAGGAGGAAGCUUUUAAGCAGCAUGGGGGGAGAAGAUGA